AUGUUUAUUGGUUGGGUGAUUGAUGGUUGGUGUGGUGGAAGUUUUUGGGGGUUGUGGGGUGUGGGGUUGUGGUGUUUGGGGGUGGGGGUGUGGGUGGGGUGGGUGUGGUGGGGGUUGUGUGGUGUGUGGGGGGGGUUUUUUGAGGUGAUGUGUUAUUGUGUGUUGUUUGGGUGGGUGGGGGUUUGUGUGGGUUUGGUUUGUGGGGUGUUGUUUGGUGGUUUGUGGUGGGGGGUGGUGGUGUUGGGGUGGGUUGGUGGGUGUGGGAGGGGGUGGUUGUUGGGGGGUGGUGUGUGGUGGUGGGUGUAUGGGUGUGGGUUUGGGGGGUGGUGUUUUGUUGGGUGUUGGUUGGGGGUUGUGGUGGGGGUUUGGGUUGUGGUUGUAGGGGUUGGGGUGUUGGUUGUAUGUUGUUUGGUUGGGGUGGUGGGUGUUGGUUGGUGGGUUGUUUGGGGUUGGGGGUGUUUUUGUGGGGUUUUUGAUGGGUUGUUGGGGGGUUGGGGGGGGGUUUUUGUUUGGGUGGGGUGUGGGUGGUUUGGGUGUGGGUUGUGGUUUGUGGGGUUUGGUGGGGUUGGGGUUUUUUGGUUUGGGGGGGUUUUGGGGGUUUUGGGUUUUGGUUGUGGUGUGGUGUUUGUUGGGGUGUUGUGUUGUGGGGGGGUGUGUUGUUUGGGUGUGGGGGGUGGGGUGGGUUUGGUGGGGGUGGUUGGGGGGUGGUGGUGGUUGGUGGUUGUGGUUGUGGGGUGGGGUGGGGUGGGGUGUUGGGUGGUGGGGUGGGGGUGGGUGGGGUGGGUAGGUGGUGGGUUUGGUGGAGGGUUGGGGUGGAUUGUGUGGUUGGGUGGUUUGGGGGGUUUUGGGUUUUGGGGGUGGGGUUGGGGGGUGUGGUGGGGUGGUGUGUGUGUGUGGGGGGGUGUGGUGGGGGGGGUGGAAGUUUUGGGGUGGGUGGGGGUGGGGUGGUUGUGUGGGGGGGUGGGUGGGGUUGGGGGGGGUGGGGGGGUUGGGGUGGGGGUGGGGGGGUUUGGUGGUGGGGUUGGGUGUGGGGUAUUGGUUUGA